CGCCCGCGGGACGCCCCAAUCCGCUCGGGUGUGCGGCCGCCCCGGAAGUGACGUGCUGCGCCGCUGACCCUGCGGAAGUGGAGAUGGCGGAGCUGUACGUGAAGCCGGGCAACAAGGAGCGCGGCUGGAAUGACCCGCCGCAGUUCUCGUACGGGCUGCAGACCCUGGCUGGUGGUCUCAAGCGCACGCCGCUCACUAAGAGGGUCGCCGCUCCCCAGGAUGGCUCCCCCAGAGUUCCCACCUUACAGACUUCUCCGGGGCUUCCCCCAGUGGGGCCUCCACCUCCUUCAAGUAAGGCUUCCAGGGCCCCACCUGUGGGGAAUUGUCCUGCCUCCAGUGUGGAGCCAGCAAAUUUCUCAGUCACUGAAUCUGAAACUCUGCUGGAAGAUGUGCUCAAACCUUUGGAAGAGGCAUUGGAAGAUUGCCGCGGUCACACAAAGAAGCAGGUAUGUGAUGACAUCAGCCGACGCCUGGCUCUGCUGCAGGAACAGUGGGCUGGAGGGAAGCUGUCAGUGCCGGUGAAGAAGAGGAUGGCUCUGCUGGUGCAAGAGCUUUCAGGUCACCAGUGGGAUGCAGCAGAUGACAUCCACCGCUCACUCAUGGUUGACCAUGUGACUGAGGUCAGUCAGUGGAUGGUGGGAGUUAAAAGAUUAAUUGCGGAGAAGAGGAAUCUGUCUUCAGAGGAAGAGGCCAAUGAAGAGAAAUCUACAGCUACAGCUGAGGAGGACCAGACGGUAUCAGGUGUCCAAGAGGCUCCAUAGUCCUGUGGGAUCCCUAGACUCACCUCCCACCAUCUCCUACACCUUGGCAGGGAGGCCUGCUCUCACCUGGCUCCCUCUUAACCACUUGGGAGACUGUCUGCCCCCUUGGGAUCCUUGGCCUGAUCCAUCCACCUCUGGAGGAAGAGGUUCUACCUGGGCCACAGGGAGUCAUUUGUUACCCAUAACAUAUGCAUUUCAAUAAAAACAUCUCAGUAGUGGGCCCAGAUAGGAGAGAUAAGCCCUUUUUGUGCCAAA